AUGGCGGAGAAGGGGAUCCACAGGCGUAGCACAGAUGAUGACGCCUGCGACACUCCUUCUCGGUAUGCCCAGGGUAUCUACAAUAAGACCACCUCACCAAAGACUGGCCGCGGGUCUGCACUCCAGGGUGCUGAUAGGGAUGCACAGGAGGAAGUGGCUGGAACUGAGAAAACUGCUACCGCUGUGGAUUCUGCUGCUGCCUCGAAGGUGAACGCUCGUCAUCUCUGGUUGGAGCUACUGGUGUCAUGCUUUGGAUCACAUGCAGUCUUUGUUCUUGUGUUCUGGGGAGCAAUUUCUCAGAGCUUUCAAGAGGUAAGAAGAAGACAAAUUGCUAAACCUGGUUCAAGAAUGGAGGAGAUAAAUAGCAUGAUGUUUAAUGAUGAUAGUACAUUUGAAUGUAGAAAUGCAAGUCAAAUGCAAAUUGGAGAAAAACCAUGUUUAGGAAUGAAGUUUAAUAGUCAUGUGGAGGCCUAUGACAAUUAUAACUCGUAUGCAUUGAUGAUGGGAUUUGGAAUCAGAAAAAGCUCAGUGAAUUACUCCCAGAAAGAUAAAGAAGUAUUGAAUAGAAAAUUUGUUUGUGACAAAGAAGGUUACAGAUCUAACAAAGACAAGAGAGAUAUAGGGAAAAAUAUUAAUCAUCGGCGAGAGACCAGAGUUGGCUGUAAAGCAAUGAUGAGAAUAAAAUUAAUGGAGGAUAAAACAUGGAAAGUUAUAGGUUUUAUUGAAGAUCAUACAAACCACAUGCUCAGUAGUCCCGAUAAAGCAAAGAUGCACAGCAUCACAAGCGGUAGAGAAGAUGAAUCAGUAACACCACAACAGUGCAUUGACUAUAUGAAAACUCAAAGGCACAACAAUAUUGGCAAUGAAUGUUUAUCUGUUAUCCAAUAUUUUCAAAGAAAGGCGGCUAGUGAUGCAGAUUUUUAUUUUGCAUUGGAAGUAGAUUGUACUGGACAAAUGAGAAGUGUUUUUUGGGCAGAUGGAAAAUCAAGAGCAACUUAUUUGAAGUUUAAUGAUGUUAUUGUGUUUGAUGUGACUUAUAAAACCAACAAGUUUAGUCUUCCAUUUGCACCAUUUACUGGGGUGAAUCAUCAUAGACAAUCUACUUUAUUUGGUUGUGCAUUGCUAGCUGAUGAACAAGAAGAAACAUUUGUUUGGUUGUUUCAGGAAUGGUUAAACUGCAUGCAUGGAAUUGAACCAGGUGCUAUCAUCACAGACCAAGACCGAGCAAUGUGCAAUGCCAUUCAUAAAGUCUUUCCAAAUACAAGGCAUCGUUAUUGUUAUUGGCAUCUGCUGCGACAUAUCGCCGAUCAUUUGCAUACUUUGAAUUCUGUUUAUGGUGAAGAAUUUCAAAAAUAUUGGGACUUGUGGUGUAAUAGUGGAAUGAGAUCAACUCAAAGGAGUGAAAGCAUCAACUCAUUCUUUGAUGGAUAUGUGAAUUCACAAACACAGUUAAAAGAAUUUGUAACUCAAUAUGAAACGGCUGUGAUACAUCGACGAUUGAGUAAAGCACAUGAAGAUUUUAGAACUCUUAAUACAAAACCGCAGUUUCACCUUGGGCAUCCAAUUGAAAGACAAGCUGGAAGUAGUUAUACCCGCACUAUGUUUCAUGUAUUUCAGAAUGAGAUCAAAGGUUGUGGUGUUCUUGGCCUUCAAGAGGAGAGAAAAGAAGAAAAAUCUGUUUUAUGGCGAGUUGGUUACUUAGAUGAAAGCAAUGAAAAGUGGAGGUUUGUUACUUAUGAUGAAUGUAGAGAAUUACAGUAUAGUUGUAGCUGUGGUUUGUUUGAGAAUAGUGGUGUUUUAUGCAAACAUAUAUUGUACACUCUAAUGUUCAACAGACAAUGUUGUUCAUUGCCCAGUGCAUAUAUUUUACACUGUUGGACUAUAGAUGCUCGACAUCGUAACAUUAGUGUUAGUAAUGUUGUGUUUGGCAAAAACAUUGCAGGCAGUGUAGAAAAAAUAAAUUUGUUGAAAUCUUGGGCUUUGAAAGCAAAAACCAACAAUGCACUGGAGCUUGCCUUUGAGUCAGAUAAGAGAAUGCAUGAGCUUGAUUCUUUGUUAACAAGUUUCAUAGAGAGGGUUGAAGAAGAAGACAGAGGGUGUCAAGCAAUAGAUGAUGGUAGCAGUAACGUUCUUGACCCGGAUAUUCCACAGAUACCUACUUCACAUACAAUCCAGCAUAUUCCGCAAAUUACAGUUCGUGACCCAGAAAAACAAGCAAGAACCAAAGGUCGUCCACGCAAUGCCACGAGAAUUAAAUCAACUUUAGAACAAGCACAAGACAAGAAAGAGAGGCAAAAGCGUACAUGUGGCAGAUGUGGACAACUUGGGCAUUAUAGGACUAGUUGUACAGUUAACAAGCUCAGCGAAAUUGACAAAGAAGACUAA